AUGGCUGCCCUUCGCACGACCUCGCGCCUGUUCGCUUCCUCGAAGCCGCUGUUCCGCCCAGCCGCCUUCACUCGCUCCUAUGCGACCGUUGACGCCCUUUCCCAGGUGAGCGCAAGCGGCCACGCGAGCAGCAAGACCAUUCCCGAAUCUAAGACUUCGAAUGUGCAGGACCCCAACCCCUCGGAGCAGCCCCGGGUCAAGACUUUCCAUGUCUACCGCUGGAACCCCGAUCAGCCCACCGAGAAGCCCAAGAUGCAGUCUUACUCCCUGGAUCUGAACAAGACCGGUCCCAUGAUGCUGGACGCCCUGAUCCGCAUCAAGAACGAGAUGGACCCCACCCUGACUUUCCGGAGAAGUUGCAGAGAGGGUAUCUGUGGAAGUUGCGCGAUGAACAUUGACGGUGUCAACACCCUGGCUUGCCUGUGCCGUAUCCCCACCGAUACCGCCAAGGAGUCUCGCAUCUACCCUCUCCCUCACACCUACGUCGUCAAGGAUUUGGUCCCCGAUUUGACCUACUUCUACAAGCAGUACAAGUCGAUCAAGCCUUACCUGCAGCGCGACACCCCGACCGCGGAUGGUCUCGAGAACCGUCAGAGCCCCGAGGAGCGUAAGAAGCUGGAUGGUCUGUACGAGUGCAUUCUGUGCGCUUGCUGCUCUACCUCCUGCCCCUCGUACUGGUGGAACAGCGAGGAGUACCUUGGACCCGCCAUCCUCCUCCAGUCCUACCGUUGGUUGGCCGAUUCCCGUGACGAGAAGACCGCCGAGCGUAAGGCCGCUCUCGACAACAGCAUGAGCGUGUACCGUUGCCACACCAUUCUCAACUGCUCGCGGACCUGCCCCAAGGGCCUGAACCCCGCACGGGCCAUUGCGGAGAUCAAGAAGAUGAUGACUGCUCAUUAG